AUGGCGUCGGUAGCAAGAAGCAUGCGUCCGCUUAUGCGACCUUCAUCCCUCCAGUCUCCACUCCGCCAAAAAGUCCUGUCGAGACCAUGCCUUUCCACCUCACAGUCACGCAGACAAACCACAACCGGCGAACCCAACGAUCUCACAGAUGCCCUACCCACACCCAUCACCCAUUUCUCCGAGACCGAGCACAUGAUGGCCGAGUCUGUCGGCAAGUUCGCCAACGAUGUCAUCCUGCCCAAAGUACGAAGCAUGGACGAGGCUGAAAAGAUGGACCAAGACAUCAUCGAGCAGUGCUUCGAGCAGGGUCUCAUGGGUAUUGAGAUUCCGGAAGAGUUUGGCGGUGCCGGCAUGAACUUCACUGCUGCUAUUGUUGGUAUUGAAGAGUUGGCUAGAGUGGAUCCUAGUGUCAGUGUCAUGGUCGAUGUGCACAACACUCUGGUCAACACGACAGUGCUGAAGUACGGCACCAACGAAAGCAAGCGCAAGUGGUUGCCUCAAUUGGCCACAAACACUGUUGGCUCCUUCUGUCUCUCAGAACCCGUCUCCGGCUCCGAUGCCUUCGCCCUCAAGACCCGCGCCGAAAAGACGGCCGACGGCUACCGCAUCAACGGCUCCAAGAUGUGGAUCACAAACUCCCUCGAAGCCGGCUUCUUCAUCGUCUUCGCCAACCUCGACCCCUCCAAAGGCUACAAGGGAAUCACAGCCUUCAUUGUAGACAAAGACACCCCCGGCUUCAGCAUCGCCAAAAAGGAAAAGAAACUCGGCAUCAAGGCCUCUUCCACCUGCGUCGUAAACUUUGACGACUGCGAUAUCCCCAAGGGAAACUUGCUUGGAGAAGAAGGCCAUGGCUACAAAUACGCCAUUGGCAUCCUCAACGAAGGUCGUAUCGGUAUCGCCGCUCAAAUGACUGGUCUUGCAAUGGGUGCCUUUUCAAAUGCCGCCAGCUACGUCUGGAACGACCGCAAGCAAUUCGGAACCCUCGUAGGAGAGUUCCAGGGUAUGCAACAUCAACUCGCACAAGCGUGGACGGAGAUCUGCGCCGCACGCGCCAUGGUCUACAACGCCGCUCGCAAAAAGGAAGCCGGAGAGGACUUUGUCAUGGAUGCCGCCAUGGCCAAACUCUACGCUUCCCAAGUCGCUGGUAGAGUUUCUGGACAAGCUAUCGAGUGGAUGGGCGGUAUGGGCUUCGUGAGAGAAGGAUUGGCCGAGAAGUACUGGAGAGAUAGCAAGAUUGGUGCUAUCUAUGAGGGAACUAGCAACAUCCAACUUACCACUAUCGCCAAGUUGUUGCAGAAGCAAUAUACCAAGUAG